UUUUUAUAAGGUUACAUAAGUGCGUGUAACCGAAGCUGUUUGCCUCUAAAAUAUUGCUGUACAUUGAUAUACGUAUUGCGGCUACUCGACGAGAACUGCGUAUAGUACACAUUAGUUUCGAUUCCGUCACAUUUGGCACGGUAAGCACCCACAGAUUGUGGAAUCCAGCACAAUUGGCAGAGCCCCCGGACACAAACCUUUGGUUUAAGCACACCAAACUAGUAAUAGUCUUUAGUUUAGAGUCGCAAUGCUGUGCGCCCUUGUCCGUGGUCCAACCACCGGCCACAAGUUGGCCCUGUAUCGCUCCGUGUCCGAGCUCCUUGGCCCGGUGCACGAUAUCCGCUGCCUGUCCGCCGGAAGAGGAAUCUAUCAGCGGCAGUCCCUGUCGCAGUCACAACUCCAGAACCCAGCCCACCGUCCAGACCUGCUCUCGCUUUCCCGGGCAGCAGUAAAUUCCAAAUUGUCUGUGCGGAGCCUUCACUCGGAGCACGACGCCAUGUUCUACUCGAUGUACGCCUACCUGUCCAACCUGCCGCGCCUUCAUGUUUUGGGCAUGGCGGUGGUGGCCUACGUCGUCUAUUACCUUAUCCAGGUGGUCAAGCGACCGAUAAUCGCCUGUUCGGAUGGGCCGUUUAAGCAGUAUCUGAUCCGCAAGGUGCCGACACUGGAGAACAAGUACUGGCCCACCUUUUGGUGUGUGGAGAGUCGUGCCCAGACCGUCCUUGCGAGCCUGCUGCGCUCCAAGAGUCUGCCGCGCGUCAACUACCGCCGCGAGAUUCUCUCGCUGAAAGAUGGUGGGGAGGUGGCCCUGGACUGGAUGGAGGACGGCUGCGCCUCGAGUGCUCCAUGCAUCCUCAUCUUACCAGGUCUGACUGGCGAGUCGCAGGCGGAGUACAUCAAGUGCCUGGUCUUUGCCGCCCAGCAGGCUGGAAUGCGGGUGGUGGUGUUUAAUAACCGCGGACUCGGCGGCAUAGAACUGAAGACACCACGUCUUUACUGCGCCGCCAACUGCGAGGAUCUGUGCGAGGUAGUCCAGCAUGUGCGGCGCACUUUGCCCGAAAAAUGCAAGCUGGGGGCCACUGGGAUCUCUAUGGGAGGCUUGAUUCUGGGCAAUUAUCUAGCCAGAAAGAGCGACGAAGCCAGGAGCUUCCUUUCGGCUGCAAAGAUAAUAUCUGUGCCGUGGGAUGUCCACAAGGGCAGCGCCAGCAUCGAAAAGCCAGUAAUCAACAGCUUGCUGGGACGCCACUUGGCUGGAAGUCUGUGCCGCACCUUACGCAAUCACCUGGACAUCUAUAGGGAUAUUUACCAGGACUCUGACAUUGAUAUUCAGCGCAUUUUGCGCUGUAAGACCAUCAAAGAGUUCGACGAGCUUUUCACGGCUAAGCAGUUCGGAUAUGCCCAUGUGAAUGACUACUACUCGGAUGCCACGCUGCACAACAAGCUCGAUCACAUUUCGGUGCCAUUACUCUGCUUGAGUGCCGCUGAUGAUCCGUUCCAGCCACUGGAUGCCAUUCCCAUUAAGGCGGCCAAUCAGUGCACCCAUGUGGCAAUCGUGAUUACGGCUCGUGGCGGACACAUCGGCUUCCUUGAGGGCUGGUGGCCGUCGACCAAAGAUCAGUACAUGGGCCGCCUGUUUACGGAGUACUUUACCAAGGCUUUGUUCGACGAGGAUGGCGAGUUCCAGCACACGGCCAACAAGAUGCACGAGCGAUUCUUGGCAAAGCAGACGGUGGCUCUGGCCUCCUCGUCACCGGUGCUGUUCGCCAAGAAGAUAGACACCGAUCAGUUGGACCACAAGGUCAAGCUGAUGUGAAGCUGGUUCGCUAAUCUAGUUCAGUUUAUAUCCAGUUGAACACGUAGAUAUUCGAGAAUGUAUUCCGAUAGAUUUUCGUGAGCGAAGACUUUCGUACACAUGUGAUAUGAAACGUUGAUCAAAAUCCAAAGUGUUGUUAUACUCAUAUACAGCGAACAGGGAACCAAAUUGUCAGUCAAUAUGCAUAGUUGCUUAAAUUACUCAUAGACCGUGACAUUAGUGACAUAUCAAGUUAAAAUUGCAAAUAAGCUUUACGAUUCGUAGUAAAAUCAAAUACAGAUGUAUGACACAA